AGAAAGAGAGUGGACAACACCCACAUCCUCUGUUUUCAUCUUCUAUAUGUAUAAUAAAAUAAAAAUACUACUCAUUCCAUUUCUAGAUCUUAUUAGUCUUCAUUGUUUCUCAAAUCACAAGGUUCCAUUAAUGGUGAGUCCUUAAAGACAUCAAAUUUCUCAUCAUCUUCGCCAAAUUAUCUCAAAUUCUCACUCGAUUUCAUCAUCUUAAUCAAUCUGAUUCCUCUGUGAUCCGUACAGAUUCUUGAUUUUCAAGAAUCUGAAUUUAAAUCCAAAGUUUUUCAUGCUUGAAUGUUGGUAAUCUGAUCACUGGAUUCUGUUUAAUUUCAUCAAGAUUAGUUGAAGUUGCGGUAGCAAGUAGCAAGUUGAGUUUAAGGUUAUUGUGGAGAAGAUGGAACCGGAUAACGGGAAGCUGUUUAUUGGUGGGAUUUCGUGGGAUACGGAUGAGGAUCGGUUAAAAGAGUAUUUUGGUAGUUAUGGGGAGGUUAGUGAGGCGGUUAUUAUGAGAGACCGUUUAACGGGUCGUGCACGAGGGUUUGGAUUCGUAGUGUUUGUCGAUCCUGCUGUUGCUGAAAGAGUUGUGAUGGAGAAACACAUGAUUGAUGGUCGAACGGUUGAAGCAAAGAAAGCUGUUCCAAGGGAAGACCAUCAUGGACUAAACCGAACUAUUAGUAGCAUUCAAGGAUCACCAGUGGGUCCCAUGGGGCGCACAAAGAAGAUAUUCGUAGGCGGUUUACCAUCAAACAUAACUGAAAGCGAUUUCAAAACUUACUUCGAUCAAUUCGGUACAAUUGCAGACGUAGUCGUAAUGUACGAUCACAAUACCCAAAGGCCAAGAGGUUUUGGUUUUAUCACAUACGAUUCGGAAGAAGCAGUGGAUCGAGUAUUAUACAAAACGUUCCAUGAACUAAACGGUAAAAUGGUUGAGGUCAAACGGGCCGUCCCUAAAGAGCUAUCUCCAAGCCCAAGCCGUAGUCCAUUAAUCGGAUAUAAUUACGGGUUAAAUCGACCAAACACAUUUCUCACAAGUAGCUACCCACAAGGUUAUAACAUGAGCCCGAUUGGCGGUUUUGGAGUUCGGAUGGAUAGCCGGUUUAGCCCAAUCGUUGGCGCUCGAACCGGGUUCCCUCAGUUUAAUUCACCGGGUUACGGUAUGGGCUUGAAUAUGGAACCCACAUUGAGCCCGACCGCAUUCGGUGGGUCCUCGGGUUACGGGCGGGUUUUGAGCCCACAUUUCGGUGGAAAUCCGAAUAGAUACAGUACUCCUAUCGGGUAUAAUCAAGGUAGCGGGAGAACCGAGCCACCUACGAGUUCGUCAUCUCGAAACGUGUGGGGAAAUGGUGGGAUCACUAGCCCAAUCGGAUCAGGACCAUCAGGUUCAUAUUUGGGUUCGGGAAGUGGUGGAUUUGGAGUGUUUGGGAACAAUGGAGCAACGUGGGGUUCACUGCCGUUAAAUUCUCAAAACGGAGGGAGUUCUUCGGGUUUUAACGGUGGGAAUUUAGGUGGGUUUAGGGGCGAAGAGAAUAGUUAUGGGAUAGUUGGAAGAAACAAUGUUAGUGGUGUGGCUACAACAUCGUCAAUUAAUGGGCCGAGCGGUGGUCAUCAAGGGUUUUAUGGUAAUUUGUACCGUGGGGGUUCGAUUUACGGAGAUGCAACUUGGCAAUCUUCGUCUAAUGAGGUUGACGGUUCGGGUUCGUUUGGGGAUGUGUUUGGUAAUGCUGAAGGUGUGGUGGAUAGAGAUUCGGAAGAGUUUGUUGGGAAUUAUAGUGUUGCAAAUAGACAAACGAGUAGAGAAAUUGCUGCAUAGAAGUUUUCAUGUUUUGCAUACGAUAAAGCAACUUUAGGAGGAGGACUGAUUCUCGGUUGAACUGAACUGCGAUUUUCGUACAUAUCCCUCGUUAGCAUACGCCACGUCAGCAUCUCUAAUGCAAUUUGAUCCAAGGAUGUUCUUGAUAAGAUACAUUUAUACACAUCAAGAAUGGCAGUUUAAAAAUGGGAUUUUGUUCAAGUUUAUGAAUUUUGAUUUCUAAUUGACAUUUAGGUUUCAUUCAAGUUGUAAGAUCAAGAAUGAGUGAUAUAUUGUGCAUCCCUUAAAUAAGGAUAAUAAUAGAAUAGAGCAAUAAUAGUAUCUUUAUUUUGCAACA